CUGGAAGCCAUAAGACAGCCAGGGAGGCCUCGAGAGCGUAGAACUUAUAUUUGGAGUCGUGAGAUUCUGGCGAGUUCCUGUGGCACCCACGAAGAAUUUUGCUGCUGGGGGAAAGAGCUUUUCCCAUCCUACAAGAAGUCAUGGGUCAUUUCCAGGAUCUACUGCUCCUCUUCCUCCUGGGAUCCUCUUUCUUGACCUUGGCACAGCAUUUGCUGUGUCAGAAGAGUGUAUCCCUGACUAUAGAGGAGGACCCGAGCAAUUCAUUUAACUGGACCACAGAGCAAGUUGAGACUUGUGAGCAAAAUGCACUUUGCCAGGAAACGAUAAUAAUGAUUACAGCAGCAGGAGGGAAGACGGCCAUUUUGGCCACAAAGGGCUGCAUCUAUAAUGUGGGAGAGUCGGCGACGUUUAUCCAACACUCUCCACCCCCUGGCCUGGUGGCCGUCUCCUACAGUAACUACUGUGGGGAUACCCUGUGCAACAACAGAGAGAGCAUAGCUUCAUUCUGGAAACAAGAAGAGACCACAGCUCCUGCUGUGCCAGCCCUCUCCUGCCCAACUUGUGUGGCUCUGGGAUUCUGUGUCAGUGCUCCUUCUCUGCCAUGUCCCCAUGGUACAACUCGAUGCUAUCAUGGAAAACUUAAUGUCUCUGGAGGAGGCAUCGACUCAUCUGUGGAGGUGAAAGGCUGUACAGUCACAGCUGGCUGCAGGCUGAUGGCCCGGAUCACAAUGGUCGGCCCCAUACUGGUUAAGGAAGUAUGUUCACCUCAGCCUGGCCUUCAAGCCCGAAAGGCUGCAAGUGGGGCCACCUGGUUUUCCAGUUCAGUUUGGAGGUUAGAUCUACAACUGUCAUUGCUGCUGCAAUCACUUGGCCUUCUUCCCUAAGAAGAUGUUUCUGCCUCUGGGUCCCAAAACACUUUUUUGCCUGGGAGCUUCCGGACUGCUGGUAACCAAGUUGAAAAGAGUAUGGAGAUCUCAAGGUGACCAGAAAGAGAGCUACCAUGGAUAUAGUUGACAUGUUUA